GUCGAGAUCUCGUCUCCUCACGGAGGGACCUGAGCGUCUGCUUCGCUUCUGAGGACCUUUGGCCUUGUGACUGGAGAGACACGGUCUGUGACCCUUUGAGACCAGACUGUCCCCAGCACCAUGAACAUAAGCAGCUCCUUUGUAACAAGUCCUAAGGAGCAGUCUCAGAAAUUGAAGAAAUGCGAGGCCUUCAAGGAUAUUUCUAAAUACUUUUCUAAGGAAGAGUGGGAAAAGCUGGGAUACUCGGAGAAAACCACUUAUGUCUAUAUGAAGAGAAACUACGAAACCAUGACUGGUCUAGGUCUCAGAGCCGCUCUCCCAGCUUUCAUGUGUCCUAAAAAACGGACCAAAAAAUUCCGUGACUAUGACUCUUAUGAGGAUGGGAACCUUGGGAAUCAAAAUGAACCUCCUCAGGAUGUUUUCAGUGUGCAACAGAGAAAGCACAGGGUGAUGACCAAGAUGCCAGAAGAGGAAGAAGAUGAUUUGAAACUGGUAACACCUGGCUCAGAGAACAAACUGAAACAACUAUGCCACUCAGGAAAAGCAGGAUCAAAUAAAAGAAAGAACGAUGUCUGGGCCUGCAGGUUGCGAGAAAGGAAGAACCAAAUAGUCUAUGAAGAGAUCAGUGAUCCUGAGGAAGAAGACUAACUUCUCAGGGAUGUAAAGCGUGCCCAUGAUAAGAAGCAGAACUUGGUGGCCUUUCAUGAAUGUGGACAUGGCUGUGAACUCCUGACCAUCAGAUAAAAAAAAAAAAAGAGUUCGCACCAGAGAAAAUUUAAGCAAGAUUUUUUCUUUCUGUGUGCCAAACGCUUUGUUAGAUAUUAAAGUUUUGUUAAUGAGCAAGAUACAUGCUUAAUGCACAUCUGUUUCUAUGUCUCCAUGUAUCCAUGCCCUUAGCUCAGAAAACAAAUAUUGUCAAGUAUUCUCUGCAUAGAACAGCACUGCCUUCUUUAGAAAUUUAAACUAAGGACAGUUUUGGGUAUUUAAUUCCAGAUGUUUUUCUCUGCAUUUAUAUACAUACACGCAGAGUAUAUAACAUGAGCAUCUCCCACCUGCUUUUCCCCAGUGGGGAUUCUCCUUCUUGUGCCAGCAUUCUCUUUCAGCAUGUGGUCCAUGCUGUGACCCCAUAUUAUUCACUUACUCUGUGUCAGUGACUAGAAGUCAAUAAAUGUUUGCAGAUG